GCUCAGCAGGUAAGGAUCAAGCGAAGAGACCGUAACACUAUUGCAUCAACUUCAUAUUCAGCAUCCAAACCGGAUGGCGCAAGCUGUUUCCCUGCUGCUGCUGCUGCUGCUGCUGCUGCUGUCGUUGAAUAGCAAACUUUGGGUCUGGCAACUAUCGGUACACUGCAUUCAGUAUGAAGCGCUCGUUUAUCCUGAAAGUUCCGACCCUGGUAUUUCAAAGCGAAAUGCCGAUCGUAAACUUGAAGCAUUUAAGCAUGAUUUCCAUCAUGAGUUGAAGUCAGGGCAAAGGCCGAAAAAUGUAAUUUUGUUCAUUGGUGACGGUAUGGGUAUAAGCACGCUCACAGGAGCUAGAUAUACAAAGGCGCAAAACCUUGGUUUGGCAGCAGGCGAGGUCCAACUCGCAUGGGAUGAUUGGCCAUCCGUUGCGCUCGUCACUACACACAGUGCAGAUCGAAUGACUACGGAUUCUGGUACCUCGGCAACAGCCAUAAUGUGUGGCGCAAAAACCAUUCAUGAGGUAAUAGGAAUCGUGGGGAUUUCAGAGUGCUGCAUUUGUCAAAAGCUGAAUUCUACGAACAGAGUCAAAUCUAUACUAAUUAUGGCUCAACAUUCCGGACUUUCAACUGGAAUCGUAACCACAACUCGUGUGACCCAUGCAACACCAGCCGCGGCCUACGCUCACAUUCCGCAUCGGGAUUGGGAGUCCAGCCCACACCACUCCAAAGAUAAAAAGGUAUUAUGUCCCGACAUUGCAUCGCAACUGCUCACAGAGGGAAUCGACUUUAAUGUCAUUUUGGGAGGAGGAUAUCACAACUUUUAUCAAACUCCGGACGCGUAUACUCCAGCGACAAAUGGUACCAGGACAGAUGGAAGAAAUUUACUGAAAGAGUGGAUAGACAAACAGGAAAUGCAAAGUAGACAGUAUCAGUUAAUAUUCAAUAGAACAGCUUUGCUCAAAGUGAAUAACUCUGAGACAAACUACUUGCUCGGUUUAUUUUCCGGCUCUCACAUGGACUACGAAAUACAACGCAGAGAUCAGCCUAGCCUCGCAGAGAUGACCAGUGUUGCAAUCCAGAUCCUAUCUCGGAACUUCAAGGGUUUUCUCUUAUUGGUUGAAGGAGGUCGCAUUGAUCACGCGCACCACACGAACAUGGCAAAGGCCGCAUUAACCGAUACACUCGCAAUGGAGAAUGCUGUUUUGACUGCUGUGAGGGAGACAGACCCUAAGGAGACACUCAUUUUGGUCACAGCGGAUCAUUCACAUGGUUACGGGAUAGCUGGAUAUGCAACCAGAAGACAAAACAUUUUUGACAUUGAUGACACUCAAGAGGCAGAUGACGGAAUGCCCUACCUGAUUUCAAGCUAUUUUAACGGUCCUGCGGCGAAAAUAAAUCAAACACGAGAGAACCCAUUGAAACCUGGCAGGUUAGAUGAUUUGGCUAUGCAACAGGCCUUGGUCCCUUUGUCACUAGCUACGCACACGGGAGAAGAUGUCGCCUUGUACUCUACUGGGCCAAUGCACCAACUUUUUCAUGGUACGAUUGACAAUACAUUCAUAGCAUACGGUACCAUGUAUGCACUGUGUCUGGAACCAUAUAAAAACGCAUCCCAUUGCCAGCAAUCAAAGGGCACCAGGAACGCCAAGCAACAAACCAUUUCAAUUGUGCUACAGCUCUCAACGUUGUUCUGGUUGCAGAUGAACUAGCUAACACGCUGCUUCCCUUUUUUAGUGUCAGAGGUGACCCAAACACAUUAUUGUCGUACAUCAUUACAAGCAAGUAUCUACUUUUCCGCGAGUACUGUGCAGUGUUUAUUAUUAUACUGUCUAGAUUUAUGCAUCACUCUACUGAUAGCCUCACAAGCGUCCAUUUUCCACAUCUGAAUAAGGCUCUUCCUUGUAUGCAAACAUUUACCAGCGCUGCAGGAUACAACAGCCUUUUUUUGCAAUUCUAUGUUUAUUUUAGCUACAAUACAUAUGUACUACAAUAAGACCUUUCGUUUUCAUUGGUACCUACAGCGCGUUUGCUUUAG